AGCGAGUAAUCGAAAACAAUACAUACGACAAAUGACGAAAUGGUUAGAACAACAAGAAGCUGUCCACCAUUUCACAGUGUACUUGGAGUGGGCCACCGGAUAUCAGACACCUGAGCAAGGAUCUUCAGAUGAGACUGAGGUGGCGAUGGCUGAAGAUGGUGACAGUGAAGAUGCAGAGGUCAGAGAACCAGAGAAAAUCAGCUUGGAUGUGACUGGACCAUUUGUUGAUGCAAUGGCAGCAGCUGAAGAAGAGGACUUGACUGCAGAGGAGAUGGUGAAGGAUGAUGGUGGUCGAGAUUAUUUCAUCGCAAAGGAGGCAGCUUACACCCAGAUUGAGCUUGAGAAAGUAGAGAGAGUGUUUGGUGCUGUUGAUUUUGCACACUGCCUCAAGGAGUUUAUACACGAUGCAGUAUCCAAGUCAGCAGAACGUGGACUGCCUGCCAUUGAAAUUUCCAGCAACACGCAAGUCGACCUGUUCAAACAAGUCAAGGUUGUAUUGCUGGAACUCUCUCAAGUCACUAAAGACACCAUCUUUGAUUCAAUUCACGCAAUACCUGGCACGCCAGCAGAUGGAGCACAGGUUAGUGUUCUACUGCAAUUCAGCACUAUCCUGGUAUGCAAGUGAAUGCAAGAUAUUAUUUCUAGAAAUCUGCUCGAUGGCGAGUACCUUCUUUUGUGACUGGUUAAUAACAAGACUUACAAUGU